UCUGCUUCAUCCUGACAAAGUUUCACUGGUCUCGCUGGUGAUCACUGCGAUGUUCGCUUCCUUUUCUUGUCGCUGGGGGCGGUUAUCACGCAAACGUGUGAAAGGUGACGGCAGCGCUUUUGCAAGCCUGAACUCGGGGUGAAACCGCUCAUCCUGAGGGUAAAGUUGGCAGAAAAUGCGGCUGUGUGCUCUGAAAGUGAACGGGCUGUGUUUGGCGAGGCGGUGGAGAGUUGCAGUGGACCUGGUCCCGGGUGGUCAUGCAGUUUGCAGAAAUGGCCAGAGUCCCCGGGGAGGAAACGUGGAGCGGCUGAGGGUAGACUUCAGGACAGCGUCAGUUCACUCACCGGCAGCUCACCGGCUUCUCCCAAACGCUCAGAUCCGGCGAGGAUUUCACCGUUCCGCCGCUUGCACCGUCGAUUUCCGGACAAGUUACGAGAGUGCGUUUCGCAAAUCUGUCGAGGAACCCGAAGAGUUCUGGAGCGAAUGUGCCCAAGGGAUCUCAUGGUUCAAACCAUGGCAAAAGACGCUGGAAUUUUCAAAUCCACCUUUUGCCCGCUGGUUUGUUGAUGGUGAAAUAAAUGUAUGCUACAAUGCAUUAGAUCGCCAUGUUGAAAAUGGACUGGGAGAUCAAAUUGCCAUCAUUCAUGACAGUCCUGUUACUGACACCAAAGAGAUAAUUACCUAUAAAGAAGCCCUGGAAAAGGUUUCGCGAUUGGCUGCUGUCCUAGUACAACAUGGAGUCAAAAAGGGUGAUCGUAUUGCCAUUUAUAUGCCAAUGAUUCCACAAGCGAUAUACACAAUGUUGGCUUGUGCUAGAAUUGGAGCAAUACACAGUUUGAUAUUUGGUGGCUUCGCAUCAAAGGAGCUGUCUACUCGUAUUAACCAUGCGAAGCCAAAACUGAUUGUGACAUCAUCAUUUGGUAUUGAGCCAGGGAGAAGAGUAGAAUAUAUACCCUUGCUGGAAAAAGCUUUGAACAGUGCUCAACACAAGCCAGAUAAAGUCAUAAUAUACAAUCGACCUAACAUGGAGAGAGUUCAUUUGACAUCUGGCCAUGAAUUAGAUUGGGACGAAGAGCUUUCUGCUGCUCAACCUCAUGACUGUGUCCCAGUGUCUUCUGACCAUCCUUUGUAUAUUCUCUAUACAUCAGGGACAACAGGGUUACCAAAGGGAAUCGUGCGUACUUCUGGUGGCUAUGCAGUCAUGCUAAACUGGACUAUGUCAAAAGUAUAUGGUCUCAAGCCUGGUGAGGUCUGGUGGGCAGCUUCUGAUCUAGGCUGGGUAGUGGGCCAUUCGUAUAUUUGCUAUGGACCACUCCUUCAUGGCAAUACAACUGUUUUGUAUGAGGGGAAACCUGUUGGGACCCCAAAUGCUGGAGCAUACUUUCGCUUAUUAGCAGAACAUGGAGUAGUAUCUAUGUUUACAGCACCAACUGCACUGAGAGCUAUUCGUCAGCAAGAUUUUGAAACUAAACAUGGACGAUCAUACCAGUUUCCAAGGUUCAGGACUUUGUUUGUUGCUGGGGAGCAUUGUGAUGCAAGCACUUUAGAAUGGGCCAAACAAGUUUUCAGAGUUCCUGUUCUAGACCACUGGUGGCAAACAGAAACAGGAUCUCCUAUAAGUGCAUCAUGUGUGGGACUGGGAAACAGUCUAAAUCCCCCAAUAGGACAAGCUGGAAAACCUGUGCCUGGAUAUAAUGUUAUGAUUCUGGACAAGAACCUGAAGGAAAUGAACCCCAACAGUCUGGGAAAUAUUGUAGUGAAGUUACCUUUACCUCCAGGUACAUUGGCUACACUUUGGGGAAAUGAUAAACUGUUCAAGGAGCUUUACUUCACUAAAUAUCCAGGUUACUAUGAUACUAUGGAUGCUGGCUAUAUGGAUAAUAAUGGCUAUUUGUAUGUAAUGUCACGGGUGGAUGAUGUAAUUAAUGUGGCAGGUCAUAGGAUUUCAGCUGGUUCUGUUGAAGAGGCUAUUAUCACUCAUCAAGCUGUAACAGACUGUGCCGUUGUGGCCCUCGAGGAUUCCGUCAAGGGGCAUGUUCCACUAGCUUUAUGUGUUUUAAGGACUGGUGUGACUGAAACAUUUGAGGAUCUCACUGAAGAGAUUGUUAAAAUUGUUCGUGACUCCAUUGGUCCAGUUGCCGCUCUUAGGAAAGUGGUCUUUGUGCCCGUAUUACCAAAGACACGUUCUGGCAAGAUACCUCGUUCUACACUUUCAGCAGUUGCAAAUGGCAAGCCUUACCAAAUAACACCAACCAUUGAAGAUCCCAGUGUUUUCUCAGAAAUAGAAGCAAUCUUGAAGCAGAGGAAAAUUUCAUCUUAACAUUCGGUCCCCUCAUAUGAUCUAUUAUCACUUUUGUAAGUGGUGAUAAACAAUUCCACGUCCAUAUGGAAAUUGCAUUCAGAGAUAUGCCUAAGCUCAAUUUUUAAGUUCUGUCUAUGUUUUAAACUUUAUAACACAUACUAUAAACAUUUAUUUCUGUAGUGAUGUAACUUUGAAAGGGUCAAAUACAGUGUAUAUUGGCAUAAUAUUGUAUGUUUAAGUUGUACUUAAAGGAAACCAAUCAGUAAAAUAUUUGAGUUAUUAUCUCUUCUAUAAAUAAAUGGUCAUACAUGUUAUGAAGGUACUUUACGAGCUGCACAUUGCUAACUGGAGUUUUCCACUUUGCUUUCACAAAAGAAUGAAUAAAGUUCAAUUUCCAAUUAAACAUUCUAUACAAAAUAUAUAUUUAAAUAUAACUUUGUACAAAAGUAGCCUUUUUUCUUUAUCAUAAGGACAAUUUUAAGAUUUUGUUCAGAUUUAGUGAAAUCUAACAAAGAAUUAUUAGCAAAAAUAUCAUACAAUCACUACCAUGCAACCUGGAGCAAAAUUGAAAUAAGUUGUUUCUAUAAAGAAAUGCUGGAAAUAAUGUUAUUUUAGGUUUCUAAUUUAAUUUGUUAAGGAAAUUCAAGUAAGAUUUAUUGUCGCAGAGCAUAAAUUUCUAAAAUUAUCUGUAAACUACUUUAACUCACAACUCUGUGACUAGAUAUCCGCAUAAUCCAAGAAAUUUACAAAAAGAAACAAUCUUUUAAAAUGCCUCUUUAGUGUAUUCGCUUGCUUGAGUUGAAAAUUAUUUUACAACCUAGUUGACACAACUAGCAACAAAAUUGUUGAACUUUCUUAUGAAUAUAUGUCAUGUCUGUAUGGUAUAACUUUAGAAGUAUUAAUCAUAAUUUUAGACUUAGAUUAUGUUAAAAGUCAUUAUCAGUUAUAGCUGUCAUUUUUCAUUCAUGAAUGAAGACAAGUAACCAGUUAUUGCUGUUUGAAGUGUAAAGUGAUUUCAAAUCUAAUGAUUUUGCACCUCUUCUCUGUGUCAUAUCUUUGGCCAAAGACUUUAUUUUAAAUAAUUUGUUUUAAUCAUCUUGUUUUAGGUAAGAUUCCCUACAGAAUGGAAACAAGCCCUUCAGCCCAACUAGUCCAUCUGAC